GCUCAGUUUAAAUAACCCGCUUAUUAACACUGUAAUUGAACCAAUCAUAACCCGCGUGCCACUGCCAAUUAAAAUGUACUUAAAAUAUGCUUAAACUGUAAUUAACCGACAACGUCGCCCAGCCAUGUUUAGUGAAAUUAGUUGUAAACAAACCAUAGCAUUGUGAGGAAGUUCGGAUUUUCUUCAAUAAAACUCUGCUUCUUUAUACAGCUUUUUGUCUUUAAAUUGUAAAAAACACUGCAGUUGUACAAACAGAUCAGCAUUUUUCAGUGAAAGAAGUCAAGCGGCCUUAAUCAUCACUGCAACAUGGUCAAAGCUCCGAAAGAAAGUCGAGGAAAUGAAGAAUAUAGGCCUAGCCGCAAGCUAACAGAAUAUUUUUCACUAAGGAAGUCUAAUAGAAAGACAAAAAUGCAGGUUUUAAGGGAAAAGCAAAAGUCGCUUGAAAACUAUUUGAGAAACGAGACUGAAGACGGCCUAGAGUGCCGACUGACUGAAAACAAGGGAAGAAGUGUCUUCGCAACUAGGAACUUCGAAAAGGACUCGUUCGUAGUGGAAUACAGUGGCGAUUUUCUUAGUUUACUGGAAGCGAAUCAGCGUGAAGAACACUAUGCCCGAGACGAAACUACUGGCUGUUAUAUGUAUUAUUUUAAAUACAAGGAUCGGACGUUUUGCAUUGACGCAACACAAGAAACGGGACGAUUGGGGAGAUUGAUCAACCAUUCCAGAACCAGCAGUAACCUAUACACCAAAUCCAUACUUGUGGAUGGCUUGCCAAGAUUGGUGCUGCUGGCAAGACACAAUAUCAAAAAAGGGCAAGAACUGUUCUAUGAUUAUGGGGACCGCAGUAGGGAGUCCAUCAAAUAUCACCCAUGGUUAAAAGAAUAAGAAACGCAAUAGAUCUGCUUAUUUUAGUAUUUAUAUAUACUUUCCUGACUGUUUCAAUUCCAAAUCAAAUUCAUU